AUUAAUUUGGCUCCCCUUCCUUCUGCGCUUGUUCUUCUGGCUCCAUUGAUCGCCCACCAUGCUGCAAUAAAUCAUCCCAGGAUGGAGACCAUCGAAGCCAUGGAAAAAACUGCCGUCACGAUCUGGGAAGUCGUUGCUGAUCAUCACAUCCUAUUUUAUGACUCCUCCAAUAGUGACCGAGUACUGACUCGAUUAUAAGCUCCUGGCGGUCCCUAAAAACAGCCUGUCAAAGCGUGGACUUGUCAGUGAUGACGGGCGAUUGAGUCGGACACACCUACACCUCGCUCGCACUUUACACGCACACACCGACUUCGCAGGAUUUAGAAGGGAAAAAGGGACAUUUAUUGCUUGGGCCUGCCAGAUAUGCUCCCGCUUUCAAUAUUUCACCCAUUUCGUCCUCCCUUCCUGUGAACUCGUGUCCGUUCGUCGUCCCCAUAGACCCCAGGGACCCCUAUCAUCACCAGAUGCAAUCAUUAGUGCUUCCCCCUUCAUCCUUUAUCGCCACGGAAUUUGGACAUCCUAGAUUUGACCCGGUACCGGACCGGCUUCCUUUGAAUCUGUCCCGGUCAACAAAUGCUCGACGUUGCACCCCGCGGGACCUUCCUCUCCCUCGCUCUAUGUCCGACUCGGUCCCGGCAGAAGACCCGCUGGAGACUUCUGCAAACGUCCGACGGCUCGGUCAUCCGGAGCUUCCUCAGCCAGUGACGACAGUGACCUCCUCUUCGGUGUCCUCAACCGCCGCCACGAUAUCAGCCGGAACAGCGCCGGGCUCCCUUCUGGUCUCGGGGUCGCCCGCCACCACGACGACCGUUCACGAGCCGCCUUUGCACCGCGUGGCCUCCGCCCAGGUAGACGACCUAUCGCGACCAGUCUUUGGCCUUGCCGAUACUUUUUCAGCGUCGCGGUUACCACCGACAUUGGGAGGUCAAGUCCCACCGCCACCUCCAUCCGCACCGACCUAUUCGCAGACGACCUUCGGGACCUCGUCUCCGGCAACGGGCGCUCGUGGAAUACCCCAGAAGCCUACGCGACGGACUAAGGCUCACGUUGCGUCGGCAUGUGUGAACUGCAAGAAGAAGCACUUGGGUUGCGAUCCGGCUCGACCUUGUCGAAGAUGUGUCUUGUCGGGGAAAGAAGCCACUUGCGUUGAUGUGACGCACAAGAAGCGAGGGAGGCCCCCCUUGAAAGCCGAAGAAGCCUCCCUUAGGUCAUAUCCAGCCCAAGUGGACAGUGGAGCGACGCCGGGGGGACCCCACGGACACCAGUCGAGACGCGCCAUGCAUCGAGCCACAUCUUCCCGAGAAAUUCGACCGAUGACAGAUCUGCAAACCCCCAGCGGACCACCCGGUAUAAUGGGUCUCCGAGCGGCGCCCAUGCCGCCGCACAGGUGGCAGCCUUCAGUGUAUCCCUCGAACCUCGACCCAGCCCUAACGAUGCAGAGAAACAUCGGCCACAGGCGAUUCUCCUCAUCCGGCUCGGUUCAAUCUAUCACGUCAGCCUCGCCCCCGGGUUUCGUUCCCAUGCCCGGUGCAUACAACCCUGCGCUCGGGCCAGGUCGCAUGCCAAUCGGGGUGGGAAGGCCACUUUCAUCGUACGGAAACCAGGCGUUCCAUCCGGCCCCCUCGCCUCCGCAAUAUCAACAAGCCUAUGGACAUCCGAUGUCUUCGCCCUACGCCGACAGUGCGAGGAUGGCAAAUCGGAUGGCAAUGGGAGAGCCGCCCAUGCGAGACCCCCGGGAAUCCUAUCUCGAAUCGCCCGUUCGACUACCUCCUAUAUACCCCCCGACGAUGGCAAGCCCAAGCUCGGGGUCGCAGCAGCCUCAUCGAUCGAGUGACUAUUCCAUGGGAUGGUCUCCGCGGGCUCGCGACGAAGGCUACGAGCCGCGACAACCUAUGACAGGCCAUGGGUUUCUAGAUCCGAUCUCGCCCACUAGUCAGAUGCGCCAGGCAAUGUCCGAGGUGAGCUAUGGCGAAACCGUCCCGCGAGUCCUGAGUGCCGUCGACCCUGCCGUACAACGUCAUUCCUUGCAGCUGUCUUCUGGACGAGUCCGUGACGAAGAGCCGACGACUGAAGCUGACACAGGUGAAUCACGGCCGGCAAAGAGGCGAAAAAUGGCCCUAGACGAUAUGGUGAAUGGUUAAAAAGAAGGCACCCAAAAAGAACAAUAAAAAACGGAAAAAAUAAUAGAAACGCCAAACUAACCACCCGAUCCCGCAACCUUAUCCUGAAGACGACGACCGGAAAAUUGCGCCUCCACUCUCGCUUUCGCCAACCCUCCUCGCAGCUCUCUCUCUCUCUCUUUUCACUUUCUGAAACGACCAGAACCCUCGUCCAAUCCUUGAUAUUGUAGCCGGCUCUACAACGGUUAAUGAUCAUAAUGUAUAUUUUCCUUUGUUUCUGCGACAUUGAUAUUGACAAGAACGUUUGCGGUUAGCAUUGACAAUCGGUUUCAUCUUUUACAUUAACGCCUGUCUCAUACUCUCAAGUUCUUCCUCGCAUGGUUCACCCAGAUUCUCCUAUCUUUCUUUCUUCCUUUCAUUUGUGACCUGAUUCCACCUGCAUUGAUCACAUUCUCCUUGCCUACUUAUCCCCGUGUACAGAUUCUGCCAUAUUAGGACCGAUCAUGUUAAUGUUAUGUUUCCUUCUAUUAAUCCUGCUGGCACUGGGGUACACUUCAUCAUUCUACCUGUUUUCUUUUCCUUUCUUCUUUUUCUUUUGUUUGAAGAUAAUCUCUUUUGUUUACCACUUUACAUAUCUUGUCAUGUCAUAUCAGAUCAUACCAUAUCAUACCACAGCAUCUCAUAUAAUAUCUUGCAUGAGCCUCGGUCGUUUGGAAUUACUCGUCCUCGUCGUUUCUUUAUUUCAUCUUUCUUUUCAUGUCUCUCGUUGCAUAUCCGUGUUUUUGCUAUUGUUGGUUGAUUUAGGGGAUGUCUGACAAUGCCUUCGCCUUUUUGAUAUCUUUCUUUCUUGACAUUGAUUGCUACGAUGCAUGGUUUGUUCGUUGCUCAUUGACUUGACUUGACUUAUCCUGUCCUUUCCUGUCUCGCCUCGUUGUCUUUGUAUCUCUUCGAGGGCUCUAUUCAGGAGAUUAGGGCUCCCCAUUGGUUCCAUUACCAGGACAGAUAUCUCGGUCAUUCCUACCUCUCAACUCUUCAUUUAUUAUUGUAGAGGAUUGAUUGGUUUUCUUUUUCUUUUGGUGACUUUGACUGUGGCUGCGUGCAUUUAUUUCAGAUCUCAUCUCACUGCGCUGUGUUAUAUUGCAUUGCAUUGCAUUGAGGCAUUAGUAUACUUGGUUACAUGUUGUUGUUGAGCUUUUCUCAUUCAUCAUAGAUGGCGUGAGCUUUUGGGAUUGUUGGUCGGGUGGACGGAGUUAGGGGUUUAUGUUUAUUACUUGCUAUAGUUGUUGAACCGAUAUUUGUCUAUUUGGUGCUUUUGG